AGCCGCAUAUAAACCAAGGGGAGCCUCAGGCCUAAGAGGUGAGCCUCAGAAGCUGGGGGGUGGGGUACAAGCACGGUGCCUUCUGUACCCUCAGCCCAGGCACUCUGCUGCUGGCACAGCCCCAGGCCGAGCAUGGACAAGCUGCUGCUUUGGGUCUCUGCCCUGGCCAGCCUCCUGGGAGUCUUUGCUCACACGGACCUCAGUGGGAAGGUGUUUGUGUUCCCUCGAGAAUCUUCUAUUGCCUAUGUGACCUUGACCCCAAAGCUGGAGGACCCUCUGAAGAACUCCACCUUGUGCUUCUGAGCCUACAGUGACCUGCUCCGUACCCACAGCCUCUCCUACAACGCCCCGGGCAAGGACAGUGGGCUCCUGGUCUUCAAGGACAAAGUUGGGAGUUACUCCCUGUACAUCGGAAGAACCAAAGCCACCUUCAAAGUGACCGAGAUGGCCCCCAGCCCCGUGCACAUCUGUACCAGCUGGGAGUCCUCCACUGGCAUCACCGAGUUUUGGGUCAAUGGGAAGCCGCUGGUGAAAAAGGGUCUGAAGCAGGGUUACACGGUAGGAGGUCACCCCAAGAUGGUCCUGGAUGCCUACGGACGGGGGUUUCAGAAGGCCCAGUCCUUGGUGGGGGAGAUCGGGGACUCGUACACGUGGGACUCUGUGCUGUCCCCAGAGCAGAUCCUACUGGUGCAACAGGGCUCCCACCUGAACCCCAACGUCCUGGGCUGGAGUGUGCUGACCGAUGAGCUGAAAGGGCACGUCGUCAUCAAGCCCCUGGUGUGGAGCUGAGCCCGACUCAACAAGAGCACUCGAACGCGACCCAGGCGCCAGGAACCCGCUCAA